AAGCGGAAGAAAUAGACUGGGAGAGAACAUAGGUUAAACUGCAGUGGCCUCAUAAUCACCGCUAAAUGACGAAAAUAUGACAUGCAGUCGCCGCUCAAAUUCUAAGUCGAUCAGCUUGUUUACCUUGCCAGGAAAAACACAACACUGACCGCUUAACUCAUUACUACGAUGUCCUAAGUAGUUCAUGUGUUACUAUGCACAUGUCAAAACAAUAUUUGGCCGCCAGGUUGACACCUCAUCAGCCCACUCAUUUCGAUGUGGAACGCAGAAGAAGGUGUGCAACCAUUCAGUCCCGUGUUGGUGCUCACCCAGAUAUCCCAGAAUGAGUGCAGACGAAGUUAUGAAGGAUAUGAAGGAGCGGGCCAAGCUUCGCCGACAGCUCCUUGCUAAACAGCUUGGGGUUGCCAGUGCAGAUAAGCUUGGCCAGGCUCUUGGCAAUAUAGACAAGCAGCAAGAAGACCAGGACCGCAUCAAACGCAUGAAAAGGUCUCGGCAGCAGGAAGAGCUAGAGGGAGAGGAGGCGGCCAACAUGGUGUACACAGACUCUUCUACAUUCCUCAAGGGCACUCAGUCAGCAAACCCACACAAUGAUUACUGUCAGCACUUUGUUGACACUGGUCAGCGUCCUCAGAAUUUCAUUAGGGAUGUGGGUCUCGCUGAUAGGUUUGAGGAGUAUCCAAAGUUACGGGAGCUUAUUCGCCUCAAGGAUGAGCUGAUAGCUGCAACAGCAACACCACCAAUGUACCUGCAGUCAGACCUACACACCUUUGACUGGCGUGACCUACCUGUCAAGUUUGAUGUGAUUCUUGUUGAGCCUCCACUGGAAGAGUACCAGCACACGGGAGUCAACAAUGUGGAGUUCUGGGACUGGCAGAAGAUCAUGGACCUAGACAUUGCACAGGUAGCAGCGCCUCGCAGUUUUAUUUUUCUUUGGUGCGGCUCCUCUGAAGGCCUAGACCUUGGACGGCAAUGUUUGCGAAAGUGGGGCUUCCGACGCUGUGAGGACAUUUGUUGGAUACGAACAAAUAUAAACAACCCGGGACACUUGAAGAAUCUCGAGCCAAAGGCAGUAUUCCAGCGAACAAAAGAGCACUGCCUAAUGGGCAUCAAGGGAACUGUCAGACGUUCAACUGACGGAGACUUCAUUCAUGCCAAUGUCGACAUUGAUUUGAUCAUCUCAGAAGAGGCAGAAUAUGGCUCCCUGGAGAAACCAGUUGAAAUAUUCCACAUCAUUGAACAUUUCUGCCUGGGACGUCGAAGGUUACAUGUAUUUGGUCGUGAUAGCACCAUCCGUCCUGGCUGGCUCACCAUUGGGCCAGGAUUGACAAGUAGCAACUUUGACCCUGAUGUGUAUGCAGGCUACUUCGCCAAUGGACAGACUACCACAGGCUGUACAGAACGCAUCGAGGCCUUGCGACCCAAGUCCCCUCCACCCAAGCAGAAGGGAGGCCCAGGGGGACGAGGGAGGGGAGGGCUGUCCUCACGCGGCAGUUUCACACGGGGAAUGGCUCUCUCUUGCGACCCCCAAGUCCCUCCACCCAAUUCACGAUCAGGGUCACCCCGAGCUUGUGAUGAUAUUAAAUCCUACAAUGAAAACCAAGAUGAUAUUGAAUUUAGCGUUACCACUAAUUUAAAAACUGGCCUGCAUAAGUUGAAUGCAUGCAAAAAUAUGUUGCAAAAACUCAUUCAAAUAUGA